UCAUCCACAGUCAUAAUGAACGCAGGGAUGAAGAGAGUCACGAGCUCAGUCUGAAUCAAUGUGUUGGAAAUGACAGAGACAGUCAGCGCGGUGACUGAAGCUGGAUGCUUUAUCAGAGAGAACGUCAGAAAAAUGGAUGUCUCAAAAAGGAUCAUCAGAAAUCUGGAACCAGCGAGACCACUGCGCCGUCUUAACAUAAAUCAAGUGCCUCAAAGCUAUGCUGAGAUUAAGCCGGUAGAAAAGCCAGACAACAUUAUUAAAGUGGAGCAUUUCUAUGAAAUCCUGCAUCUUCAAAGCACCAGCACCCAACCAAAGAAGAAAGCCGAAAGAAUUUGCUACACUCGGGACUUCCUCAUCAAGUUGGCAAGUUGUCCAAUGGCUAAGAUGAAACCUGAGUUUUUACCAGAACAUCCAAUCGUUUUAGAGAAUGGAAGAACCAAUGAUGUGCCCAGAUACUUCAUCACCAACUACAACAACGAGGACUUGGCUGCCUAAUGUGGGGAAUUUCUUACAGUCUUUUUUUUUUAAUUGCCCUAAAACUGCACUGCAUGGGGACCAAGUGGAAAGGGUCACAAGUUAAAUUGAUAACUUUCGAGGUUAUAAAGGGUAAAAUAUUUGUCUUAAGCUUUACAAUGAAAACUGAAGUUUUGUAAAGACAAACAUUAAUACACCAAACAAAAAUCUAAAAACUUAAACAUUUCCAACCUAGGUGUUGCAAUGCUUGUUCCUAACCAGUUCACAGUACAAAAAGUUAAAUGAUACUAACAGCACUGAUGCCUUGGUCCUUGCAAAAGUUUCCACAUCCUGUUUUGUCAUGGUAAACUCAUUGUCCUUUCUUGACCAUACACUUUAGUUUUACCUUAUCAGACAUUUGUGAUGUCAAACUCAGGCUUUUGAUCCUUGCCUAAUGUAGGUUGUGUUACUACACUGCACUAAAACAGUUGUUCUGGAUUCAUGGUCUGUGGUGCUAAAAUUAAAUUGUGGAUAUUUGAACUUGAAGUGUUUAAGAUUGAGGUGCACCUUAAAUAACAGACUGACUUCUAGCAAGUUCAUAUGCCUGAGUUACACUUAAAGGGAUAGUUCACCCAAAAAAUGAAAAUUUGAUGUUUAUCUGCUUACCCCCAGGG